AUGAAAGCAAAAAACAUGCGCAUGAAGUACGGGAAGCUGUUUAUUUUCUUUAUGAUCUGCUUCAACCUGAUCGUGUUCUACUACUCGUGGAAGUACUUCCUCACCAGUGGCCACUACCUGGCGGAAACGCUCGGUGGUGCUGGCUCCCGUGCCGGCUCCCACUCGGUGUUGCGCCGUUCCGGUCCGGCACCCGAUUCGAUUCCGCUCGUGAGCUACGAAAGCUCGUACCGGAUAGGAGACCCGGGCGGAGCGACGUUGAACCGGUUGCGCUUGCUACGUCCAACGGAUUCGGAUGCCGCACAACCACCACCACCACCUCCGGGGCCCAACAGUGGUCUCCCCGGCCGGGACCGGGUUCAGCUGACGAACGGGUACCUGCGCAAGAGCAUCACGUUCGUGUUCCGUGACUUUUACGACUUCGACAACGAUCUACUGCAGUCGAUCGGGAGCGUCACGAGCCUCAUCCCGGGUGUGAACGUGUUCGUAAUCGCCCCGGAACUACCCUACCCCCCGCUGGACAUCUUCAACGUGGCAUCCGCGUCCACCGGCACCGGUCAGCAGCGCGCCGGCAACCAAAGCACCGGAGCCAAACUCGGUGCCGGUUGGUUCGAGAAGGGUAGCAACGUGCGCUUCUUCAACCUGGCGUACGACGUCACCAAAUCGCUGCGCGACACCUUCCCCAUCCUGCACGUCCGCACCCGGUACGUCCUCUUCAUGCCGGACAGUGUGCGUCUAACCGGGCGUGGACUCCUCUCGCGAAUGCUGCACGAAAUCGACACACCAUCGAGCGACGAGCUACUGCUUCAGCAACAUCAGCACCUGCUGCUGAAGCAAAACGCCCAUCUGGCCCUCCCGUUCGAUGUGAACCGGAAGCCGGAGCGGCGCAUCGUGGCGGUUCCGUUCGGGGCGGCCAACGCGAAACCCGCCAGCGCCAACUGUGUCCAGAUUCAGCUCGAUCUGCCCAACUGGACGCUCGAGUACGUGACCGGCAACGAGACGGAUAAUUGCGACAUGUUCAAACAAAAGCACGCGAUCCUGGUCGAGACGGAGCUGCUGAAGGAAAUGCCCGACGCACUAUCGUCCCCCUUUCCGGACGUGUUCUACAUUCAGGCCAAGCUGGCUGGCGUCAAGAAGGUGCUCCUGAAUGGCGCCUUCCAGGAGGGCCGCAAGCUGUUCACCUCGUACCACACGAAGACGAAGCGGCGCAAUGUGCGCAAGGACCAAUUUAAGGCACUCUACCGACGUCUGCAGGUGAAGAAAGUGAUCCGCAAGAGCUACCUUUACGACAAGUCCGCCGGACGGGGCUCGCUGCUGACGGCGGGCGGUGGAGCAGGAGGGGCUGGAGGGCCGGGCGGGAUCGUGGCACCCCGGCGGAAGUACGUCAAGAGUUACGAGCACAACAACCAGACCAUCUCGCUGCUGACGGAAAUCACCUUCUACGGGUGUGAGAAGCAGACGAAGAGCUGCAUAGGCCAGGUUCACAAUGGCCGCCCGUUUUACCGGUACCUCGGACGCCACACGCCACCCUGCUGCAUGGAAAAGCUGAAGGCCGUCUUCCGGCACGUGGUGGACGAGUUCGAGAACGUCGGCAUCCGCUACUGGCUGGACAAUCGGGCGUUGCGGGACGCGAUCGAGCUGAAGACGCUGGCCGAGGACGCGUACGAGAUCGACCUCAGCUUCAACGGGGACGACGUGCAGCGGUCGGUGGCGCUGCGGAAAGCCCAGACCAAACCGUACACCGACGAGGCCGGGUUCCACUGGCUGAAGGCCACCGAUGGGCACUACUUUCGGGUGCAGUUUUCCAAGACAAACCAGAUCGCGGUCAACCUGCUCCCGUUCGACCUCUCGAGCGGGGAGCUGGUGCGACCGAGCGGGUUCUACGGCUGGAAGGCGCGCAAGUUCUCGGUGGAGUUCCUGCACCCGAUGUCGACGGUGCUGUUCCUCGGCAAGCCCAUCAUGUGCCCGAACAAUGUGAUAGAGUAUCUGGAAGUGAAGAAUGUAAAGUAA